CAUCGAGUGGUAGGAGUCCUGGAAUGCGAUCAUUUUACGAGCAUUACGAAGCCAAAAUAUUCAGGGCUUUCAUACGUUGCAUCGUUCGAAAUCUCGAAACCCUUGAUGCUUUGCUGAUCGGAGAUAAAGCAAUUUUUCAAGUCGACGCUAUUCUCGUGGCGUCCGAAGUUAUUUUAAGGCCCAGCCCCAAUGAAAUACGAGCCAUCGUCCUCCAUGACGUCAAAGAUUUGCUCGAGAGAUUCAAAUUGUUUCCGAGAUGGAUGGCAACCACGUGUCACGAGUGUAAACCCGUCAAACAACUCGAUUCCGAGGAGUUUGUUACGUUCAAUUUUUACGAAGACAUUAUCAGUAUUCAGACAAUUAACGAUCGUGUAUACGGGAUACAAGAAACAAUUCAAAAAAUAACGACCGACUGCUGGAAAUAUUUGCACCGUUGGAAAAAAUACCACAACCUUUGGCGUUUUGACAAAGUUCAGGUAUGCGAGAAAUUCGCAGAUGAAAAUCCCACGCUGUUGCAUUACGAUGAGAAAUUUACUUUCUACGGGAGUAUUAUCGAAGAGAUCGACGAAAUGCUGCCAUAUUUCGAUGUAUCGAGUGUUAGAAUCAAUUUGGUCCCGUUGCUCAUGGGGAUUAAGGAUCAUGCGAACGAAUGGAAACAAAUUCUCGGCAAUUAUUUACUCGCAGAAACUCGCGAGUCGAUGGAAAGUCUCAAAACAAAAAUCGAGUUGUUCAGAAGCGAUGUUGAGCUGGUUAUCAGCGGACUGGACAGGUUCAAAGUCGUCAUGCAAGCGAUCGCCGAUAUUAAAAAAUUGGCAGUCCAAUCCGAGGUUCAAUAUUAUCUUUACCAGGAAACCUUCAGAACUCUCGGUAUUCACGGAGUUAAUUAUUCGGAGGACGAUGAGCAAUUGGCUUACAAAUUAGAAGAGGACUGGAACUCUCUUUAUCUCGGGGCACUCUAUCGAGCCACUACCCUGGAAAGCACCAAAGAUCGUUUCUGCGAUAUGACGAGAGAUCAAAUUGCUAAUUUCGGCCUGGAGUGUUACGAGUUUGCUGAGCUCUUCGAGCACAGUGGUCCAGGCAGCGUUGGAAGUGAUCUGGAUUCUGGGCUGAAGAAGAUGGAGGAGUACGGAAAACUCAUUGACAAAAUGGAGGCAAAACGUUUGGACCUUUCGAACGCCGAAAUCCUCUUCGAUCUCGAGCCCGCCGACUACUCAGCUUUUCUCAAAAUCAAGCAGGACUACGGGGGCAUGGAGAUGGUUUAUAAGUUGUACAGGGCCCAGAAGAGCGCGCGCGACAGCUGGUCCAAAACCUUGUGGAUCGAUCUCAAUCCUCAACAAUUGAUGGACGGAAUGGAACAGUUCAUCAAAGAAUUUCGUCGCAUGCCUAAAUCUGUUAGACAACUGAACGUUGCUCAGUCGCUCGAAGCGACCAUGAAAACUUUUAAAAAUUCUGUUCCCCUCUUCGUUGAACUGAAGAACGAGGCGAUGCGCGAGAGACACUGGGAAGAACUGAUGAACAGAACGGGCAUUCAUUUUGACAUGGAACCUAGCAGAUUCACUCUCGAGAACAUGUUCGCCAUGGACUUGGCAAAGUUUCAAGACAUCGCUUCAUCCAUCGUCACUAACGCUAUCAAAGAACUCUCUAUCGAGCGAGGUGUCAAGGAAGUCUCGGAGAUCUGGAAAAGCAUGGAAUUCACAGUUGUCAGACAUUUUAAAGGCACAGAAGAUCGUGGAUACAUUCUUGGUCCAGUUGAAGAAUUGAUUCAGGUCCUCGAGGACAAUACGAUAAAUUUACAAAGCAUGGCUGCAUCCCAAUUCAUCGGGCCAUUUCUCGGAAACGUACAAAAAUGGGAAAAAACGAUGCAAACGAUAUCGGGGGUGAUUGAGGCGUGGAUGGAGUUGCAAAGAAAAUGGUUGUACCUCGAGGGAAUAUUUGUGGGCAGCGAUAUAAGAUCGCAGCUACCGGAGGAGGCGAGGAAAUUCGACGAAAUUGACAAGACGUUCAGAAAAAUAAUGCUCGACACCGCAAAACGUUUGAACGUUGUCGAGUGCUGCAUGGCACCCGGGCGCAGGGACGAAUUCGAAGCGCUCAUCGAUGGUCUCGAAAGAUGCCAAAAAUCGUUGACCGACUAUCUCAGCACGAAACGCGCCGUAUUUCCCCGCUUCAAUUUCAUAAGCGACGACGAAUUGUUGGGAAUCCUUGGAAGCUCCGAUUCUGCAGUGAUUCAAGAACACGUCUCAAAAAUGUUUGACAAUCUGGACAAAUUUCGGCUCGAACGUGACAGCAAAGAUAAAUCAAUCGCCACAGCUCUCAUUUCGAGCGAAAAAGAAAUAAUGGAAUUCAGCGAAGCCGUCAUUGCCGAGGGGAAAAUCGAAGAUUGGAUGGUUUUGGCACUCGCCGAAAUGAGAAGAUCCAACAGAUUUAUCUCCAAAAAAGCGAUUUACAGUUACGGAAAGGUGCGAAGACCGCGGACCGAAUGGAUGCUGGAAUUUCAAGGGAUGAUGAUACUCGUUGCCAAUCAAAUUUGGUGGACAGCUGAAACCGAAAAUGUUUUCGAGAGAAUAGCGAAUGGAAAAAAGCGAGCAAUGAAAGAAUAUCUCCAACAACUGAAUUCUCAAUUGGAAGAAGUCGUGAUGUUAAUGGGCGGAGCUGGAGAUAGCUUAACUAAAAACGACAGAAAAAAAUUGGACACUGUGUUGACGGUUGACGUUCACAUUCGUGACAUAAUCGAUGGAUUCGUACGAGACAGCAUUAUGGAUGCGAUGGAAUUUGAGUGGGAGAGCCAAUUAAGAUUUUAUUGGGUCCACGAUCUCGACAACAUUUGGAUGAAUCAAUGCUCGGGGCGUUUCGAAUACGGUUACGAGUACAUGGGUUUGAACGGUCGUUUGGUAAUAACGCCAUUGACCGAUAGGAUUUAUUUGACGAUAACCCAAGCCCUGUCGAUGCAAAUGGGAGGUGCGCCAGCUGGUCCAGCCGGGACUGGAAAAACCGAGACGGUGAAAGAUUUGGCAAAAGCGCUUGGUCUCUUGUGCGUCGUUACGAACUGCGGAGAAGGCAUGGAUUACGUAGCCAUUGGAAGGACUUUGGGUGGUUUGGCUCAGUGCGGGGCAUGGGGUUGUUUCGAUGAGUUUAAUCGAAUCGACAUUUCCGUAUUAUCGGUUAUAUCGACCCAGUUACAGACUAUACGUUCGGCUUUGCAGAUGAAAGCCAAGCGAUUCGUGUUUGAAAAUCAAGACAUUGCCCUGGACACGAAAGUCGGCAUAUUCAUAACUAUGAACCCCGGGUACGCUGGUCGUACGGAGCUUCCGGAAUCCGUAAAAGCCCUUUUCAGACCGGUCGUCUGCAUCGUCCCUGACAACGAAAUGAUUUGUCAAAUAAAAUUAUUCAGCGCGGGGUUUCUCACCGCUAAAGUACUCGCCAAGAAAAUGACCGUCCUCUAUUCUCUCGCUCGCGAGCAAUUGAGCAAACAGACACAUUACGAUUUUGGAUUGAGAGCUCUAAAAUCAGUCCUCAAUAUGGCCGGUCAGUUGAAAAGAAGCUCCACCGAGCUCCCCGAAAAUGUCGUCCUCAUGAGAGCACUCAGAGACAUGAAUCUUCCCAAAUUCAUUUACGAUGAUGUUCCACUCUUCCUCGGACUCAUCAAGGACUUGUUUCCCGGCUUGGAUUGUCCGAGACUCGGUUAUCCCGAUUUUAAUGGAGCUGUCGAAAGUGUGCUCCAGCAGGAUGGUUACAUCAUCCUUCGAGACCAAGUCGACAAAGUCGUGCAAUUGUACGAAGUCAUGAUGACGAGGCACUCGACGAUGAUAGUUGGACCAACUGGGGGUGGAAAAACUGUGGUUAUCGAGACACUUUGUAAAGCUCAAACUCUUCUGGACAAAGCAACGAAACUCUACAUUCUCAACCCCAAGGCUUGCACCGUGGUAGAAUUGUACGGAAUUCUUGAUCCGUUGACGAGAGAUUGGACGGACGGUUUACUGAGCAGUAUUUUUCGCGAGAUAAAUAGGCCUCUCGAGAGCGAAAACGACGAAAGGAAGUACAUUCUUUUCGAUGGUGACGUCGAUGCUUUGUGGAUCGAGAACAUGAACUCGGUAAUGGACGACAAUAAACUUUUGACACUGGCCAAUCAGGAGAGAAUCAAAUUGCAAAACCACUGCAGUCUUCUGUUCGAAGUAGGGGAUUUGCAGCACGCAUCUCCAGCCACGGUAUCUCGUGCCGGAAUGGUUUACAUAGAUCCAAAAAAUUUGGGCUAUCAGCCGUACAUGGAUCGUUGGAUAAACACGAGAUGCAAAUCGGAACAAGAAUGUUUACGUAGCUUGUGCGACAAAUAUGUGCACGGUGCAUUGAAUCUAAUAAUCGAUGGAAUGUUGGGAAUGCAACAAGUGCUUCCUUUGAAAAUGAUUAUACCGCAAACGGCACUGAACAUGGUCAGUCAAUUGUGUUACAUGAUCGACGGUCUCUAUCCGCCGCGGCCGGAAGACGAGCCUCCUGUGAAACAAACUGGCGAGGCUUCCAGCCCCGAGGAGGAAACUUUAAUCAGCCAAACGACGAGCGAGCGAAACGAGCUACUCGAAGCUGUUUAUAUACAAUCGUGUUAUUGUUCUUUGGGAGCUUCGCUCGUUCUCAAAUCGAGAAACGAUUUUGAUGAGUUUAUGAAAAAAAUAGCAGGUCUCAUGAUGGUCGAAGAAACGCCUGAAAAAUUGGCGACUGUUCGCUACAUACCGAUCUUCUUUCGAUCGCUCUUCGAUUACGUUCUCGAUAUCGAGAAAAAAGUCUGGAUGCCUUGGAAGUGGCUCGUGCCGUCGUACGUUCACGACAGGAGCAAACAUUUUUCUGACAUCCUCGUCCCUACCAUCGACACCCUCCGGACAAAUUGGUUCGUCAAAUUAAUGAACGAUCUCAAGCGACCUGUACUUUUAGUCGGUGAAACUGGAACUUCCAAAACUGCGGUUAUUCAAGAUUUUCUGAGAGCAUUAGAUCCGGAAAAAUUCAAUCAGCUGCUCAUCAAUUUCUCAUCGCGAACAACUUCGAUGGACGUGCAAAGGAAUAUCGAAUCGGCGGUGGAGAGGAAAACCCGUGACUUGUACGGCCCUCCGCCAGGAAAAAAGUUGAUUGUAUUUAUGGACGACAUGAAUAUGCCGCUGGUUGACACUUAUGGGACCCAGCAGCCAAUAGCGUUGCUGAAAUUGCUGGUCGAGCGAGGCGGAAUGUACGAUCGUGGAAAAGACCUGAAUUGGAAACAAAUCAAAGACAUUUUGUUUUUAGCAGCAAUGGGAAAAGCAGGCGGUGGAAGGAACGAGGUCGAUCCACGAUUUAUUUCCAUGUUCUCCAUUUACAAUGUUACUUUUCCCAACGAAGCUACACUCCAUUACAUUUAUACGAGCAUACUCGCAGGCCAUUUGCAAUUGUUCCCUGAAGAGGUCCAAGUUGUCGCAAAUAUUCUUAUCCAAAUGACCCUCGAACUGUACAAGAUCGUCACGACCGAGUUGCCACCAACCCCAUCGAAAUUUCACUACGUUUUCAACAUGCGCGAUCUCUCGAGAAUCACAGCUGGUCUUAUACAAAGUGAUCCAUCGUACUUUCCAACAGUUCAACAAUUCGUUCGCCUCUGGAGAAACGAAUUCACUCGAGUAAUGUGCGAUCGAUUGAUAAUCGAUUCGGACCAAAAUCUCGUGAGCAAAAGUUUAGAGUCGAAAAUUCAAGCCGUUUGGAACGAGCAGCCUCAAGUAAUUGAGUACAGUUUGAGAAAUCCUCUGCUGUUCGGUGACUUUAGAAAUGCUUGUAACGAGAGUGAGCCAAGAUUUUAUGAAGAUUUGCUCGAUUACGAAGCGGUUUACAGCCUGUUUAUGGAGAUUUUAGAAGAGUACAACGAAAGAAAUACGAAAAUAAGCAUGGUCCUGUUCAACGAUGCUCUGGAGCAUCUGACUCGAGUCCACCGUUCAUUGAGAAUGCAUCGCGGACACGUGCUCGUCGUGGGAAUCGGGGGCAGUGGAAAACAGAGUGUAAUAAAACUGGCGGCGUUCGCUGCCGAUUGCGAAACUUUCGAAAUCUCAUUGAGCCGAGGCUACAACGACAAUAGUUUUCGAGAGGACAUGAAAAGACUGUACAACAUCGUCGGCGUUGAGGACAAAAAAAUCGUAUUUUUAUUCACCGCUGCUCACAUCGCUGACGAGAGCUUUCUCGAACUCGUUAAUAACAUGUUGAUGACGGGGGUAGUGCCGUCUUUGUUCACUGAUGAAGAAAAGGACGCGAUCGUUAGUUCGUGCAGAACCGCAGCGAAACAAUCCGGAUUCGGGAUCACGAAGGAAAACGUUUGGUCUUUCUUCGCGAAAAGGAGCCUCGCCAAUUUGAGGAUUGCACUUUCGAUGAGCCCGGCUGGCGAAACUCUUCGGACACAUUGUCGCAGCUAUCCAGGCCUGGUUAACAGCACCACGAUCGAUUGGAUGUUCACGUGGCCUGAACAAGCACUUUUGGCGGUUGCCAACGUAGUUUUGAGAGACAAUCCAAUAAUCCCAGAAGAAACUCGGGAAUCGAUAGUGAAACACAUGGUACACGUGCACGUUUCAAUCGGUCACUACACGUCCGAUUUUCUAGCAAAAUUGCGACGAUUUAAUUAUGUCACACCGAAACAUUAUCUCGACUUUAUAAACCUUUAUUUGAAUCUGCUCAUCGAGAAAAAGGAUUUCAUCAGCAUGCAGUGUGUGCGUCUCUCGGGAGGUCUGAUGAAAAUAGCCGAAGCAUCCGCGACGCUCGAGGAAUUGAAUUCUGUUCUUGCUAUCCAGCGAGUCAAAGUCGCUGAGCAGACGAAAAACUGCGAGCAAUUGUUGUCCUCGAUUGGAUCGAGUACGGAUGUGGCUAUGGAAAAAAAGGCACUCAGUGAGGAAAAGAGAGGAGAAAUCGAGGAGCAAAAUAAGGUGAUAACGAGGGAAUCGGCUGAAGCGAGAGCGGCCCUCGCUGAGGCUCAACCUGCCCUUAAUUUGGCGAGAAUUGCACUCGGAGAACUCGAAAAAAGUGACAUCACAGAAAUAAGAUCUUUUGCUACUCCUCCUGAACCAGUUCAAACGAUUUGCGAAUGUAUCGCAAUAAUUCGAGGGGUUAAGGACGUUUCGUGGAAGGGUGCAAAGGGAAUGAUGAGCGACCCGAGUUUUUUGAGGACUCUUCAGGAAAUGGACUGCGAUCAGAUAACGUUGAAGCAACAACAAAUGGUGAAGACGCAUUUAAAAAAAUCCAACAAAUUGGAUCAGAUGCAGAGCAUCAGCAAAGCUGGCUACGGUCUCUACAAAUUUCUUCUUGCUGUACUGGAUUAUUGUACCGUAUUCAGAGAGGUAAAGCCAAAAAUCGAAAAAGUCAAGGAGCUGGAAGCCGAAGCGGAGAAGGCGCGCAAAGCAUUGGAAAAAGAAGAGAUCGAAUUGAAUAAGCUGGAAAAGGAGUUGAAAGAAUUGAAAGCGAAAUACGACACGGCGAUGAAGGAUCGUCAGAGACUGCAAGAGGAAACGGAUUUGCUGCAAAGACGUUUAAUCGCAGCUGACAAACUGAUUGGUGGGCUGUCUUCAGAGAAUACAAGAUGGCAGAGCGAGUUGAAAAGCCUAAACGAAGAGAUGGAGAAAAUCAUUGGAAACUGUUUGCUUUCGGCUGGUUUUUUAUCUUACAACGGACCAUUUUCUUACGAAUUUCGAAACGAAAUGGUUUACGGCGAUUGGACGAACAGUAUAUUGGAUAAAAAUAUUCCACUUUCGGUACCUUAUCGCAUCGAACAACAGCUGACGAACGACGUUGAAAUCAGCGGUUGGAAUUCGGAAGGUUUGCCACCCGACGAAUUAUCCGUUCAAAAUGGCAUUCUUACGACGCGAGCAUCGAGGUUCCCUCUUUGCAUUGAUCCCCAGCAACAGGCUCUCAACUGGAUAAAAAAACGAGAAUUUAAAAAUAAUCUUAAAAUCAUAACUUUCAACGACGCUGAUUUUAUCAAGCAAGUUGAAAUGGCAGUCAAAUAUGGUUUCCCAAUCGUCUUCGAAGACGUGGAUUACAUCGAUCCUGUUGUUGACAACGUUUUGGCCAAAAAUAUCCAACACGUUGCUGGACGAGAUUACGUGAUGCUGGGAGAUCGAGAAGUCGAUUACGAUCCUAGAUUCCGAAUGUAUCUUACGACCAAGUUAUUAAAUCCAAAAUUCAAUCCUGCCGUUUACGCCAAAGCAACUGUCAUAAAUUACAUGGUCACGACUACCGGCUUGGAAGAUCAACUGCUUUCGGUGGUCGUGAGAACGGAGAGAGCGGACAUCGAGGAGCAGCGUGAGACGUUGAUAGCUGAGACGAGUGAGAACAAGAAGCUUUUGCAGCAUUUGGAAGAUAGUUUGUUGCGUGAAAUAGCGACGAAUCAGGGAAACAUGCUGGACAACAUAGACCUGAUAGAGACCCUCGAGAACACGAAGUCGAGUGCAAGCGAAGUGACGACGAAGUUGUUUCUCGCAGGAGUAACGGCGACCGACAUAAACAAACUUCGUGACGGUUAUCGUCCGGCAGCGAAGCGAGGAGCAAUACUUUUCUUCGUAUUAGCGGACAUGGCAACUGUCAACAGCAUGUACCAAUAUUCUCUCUCGAGUUACCUCGAAGUUUUCAUUUAUUCACUGAAAAAAUCACUUCCCGAUCCUGCUCUGGUCAAAAGAUUGCGAAAUAUAAUUAACACCCUGACGAAGAACGUUUACGAAUACGGUUGCACUGGAAUUUUCGAGAAACACAAGCUCCUCUACUCGUUCCAAAUCUGCACGAGAAUCGAGGAAACGAUCGAGGGCCUGAACCAGGCGCAGCUCGAUUUUUUCAUCAAAGGUAACGUCACGCUGGAAAAAACGACGAAAAACAAUCCUGCCCAGUGGCUGAGCUCCGCCGGGUGGAACGACGUCCUUAAAUUGGCGAGCGACUUUCCGGAUAAAUUUUCCAAACUCCCUGAACAGCUGGACCAGCGAGAGAACGAGUGGAAAAAAUGGUACGAUUCGGACACUCCGGAAUCAGAAAAUUUCCCAUGCGGAUACACCAAAGCGUUGAAACCCUUCGAAAAAUUGAUGCUGAUCCGAUGCUUCCGCGUUGAUCGGGUUUAUCGCGGUGUCAUCAAUUACAUAAGCACCGUAAUGGGCGAGCAAUUCAUCACACCACCGAACGUCAGUUUUGACAUGAUUUUCGAACGCAGCUCACCAAAUAUUCCAAUUAUCUUUAUACUCAGCCCUGGAUCUGAUCCCACCUCCGAACUAAUGAAACUCGCUGAACGUUACGAUUUCGGGGGAGGCAAAUUUCGGUAUUUGUCACUUGGACAGGGACAAGAAAAGGCCGCUAUAGAGCUGCUAGAAAACGCGGUUGCGCGUGGUCAAUGGUUGAUGCUCCAGAACUGUCACCUGCUGUUGGGUUUCACGAGAGAGCUUGAGAAGAGAUUAGAAAACAUGGGAAAGCCUCAUCCUGAUUUUCGGCUCUGGCUAACAACCGAUCCGACUAAAACUUUUCCCAUUGGAAUACUGCAACAGUCGCUGAAAGUCGUGACUGAACCACCCAAUGGCCUCAAGCUAAAUUUGAGAAACACGUACUUUAAAAUGCGACCGCAGAGCCUGGAAUCUUGCGAUCAUCCGAUUUACAAACACCUCGUUUACGUGCUCGCAUUUUAUCAUGCCGUCGUUCAGGAACGUCGUAAAUAUGGAAAAAUUGGAUGGAACAUAAAUUAUGACUUCAACGAGUCCGAUUUCAAUGUUUGUGUCAUGAUACUCGAUACUUAUUUGACGAAAGCUAUGGUCAGCAAAGAGCCGAACAGGAUUCCCUGGAACAGUCUUAAAUAUUUGGUCGGUGAAGUAAUGUACGGUGGUCGAGUAAUCGACAGCUACGACAGGCGUGUGUCCAAAAUCUACAUGGACGAAUACUUUGGGGAUUUUCUAUUCGACUCGUUCCAACCGUUUCAUUUUUAUCGCGACCAAAGUGUUGAUUACGUGAUUCCAAAAAAAGGAAAUCGCGAGGCUUACAUAGAUUAUAUCGAAGAACUCCCGCUGGUUAAUUCCCCUGAGGUUUUCGGGCUCCAUCCUAAUGCGGAGAUUGGCUAUUUCACCGAAACAACGAAAGAAAUGUGGUCGAGUCUUAUCGAACUUCAGCCGCAAACAGCCGUUAGCGGCUCAGGAACGAGCAGAGAAGAUUUCAUCGACAACGUGGCGAGCGAAAUACUGGCGAAGAUGCCACCGGAAUACGAUAUGAUAAGAGUCAAGAGGAAUUUCGGUCUCGGUGUAACCCCAUCUGCAGUAGUUUUGUUUCAAGAACUCGAGAGGUUCAACAGAUUAAUAAGAAGAAUGAGGACCACCCUGUCACAGUUGCGAAAAGCAAUAGCAGGCGAAAUUGGGAUGGACGCGACACUCGACAGUGUUUCAAGCGCUCUUCACAACGGAACAUUGCCGCAGGAAUGGGCAGCUUUGGCACCGGCGACGAAGAAAAAUCUUGGUAGUUGGAUGGAGCAUUUUGACAGGAGGAUAGCUCAGUACACGAAUUGGGCUGGUUGCAACGAACCGAUAGUUAUUUGGCUCUCAGGACUCCACAUACCGGAAACGUACAUUGCUGCGCUGGUCCAAAUGUCAUGUAGGAAGAACAAUUGGCCUCUCGACAAAUCCCUCGUUUAUACCUCAGUUUCGAAAUACUUGAAAGCCGAGGAAAUCGAAGACAGGCCGGAUCAGGGUUGUUACGUACAAGGUUUAUUCUUGGAGGGUGCCCGAUGGGACUGGAUGAACAGUUGUCUCGAAAAAUCACAUCCGAAGGUGCUCAUCGAAGAGUUACCAAUCGUCACAGUGAUACCAAUCGAAACUCACCGUUUAAAACUCCAGAAUACAAUAAAGACGCCAGUUUACACGACUUCGAAUCGAAGAAACGCGAUGGGCGUGGGCUUGGUUUUUGAAGCUGAUCUGGGAACGACGGAGCACAUUUCUUGGUGGGUACUUCAAGGAGUCUGUCUCAUAUUGAAUACGGAUUAAUUAUUUGAAAAUGGCAGUAACAGUGGAGAAUUGAAUGUGUAAAAAAAAAGAGGAACGAUGAUGACUGCGAAUGAGGCUGAUGCUUAAAGUAAUUUUCAAAGAAGCUUAGCUUGCCUGCUCGAAAUUCUUUAGAUCAGGCAGAGCAACUUUUGAUCUGUGGUAAACAAAUAUUGUAGAACGAACUGUCAAUAAAGUCUUUUAGGUUUUGCCACUUA